GAUAAUCAUACAGUUUAGAUAAUGAUGUGCUGUGAACGUAGUCCUGUGGAAGCCAAAGGAAGGAGAGAGAAUUUCUAUCAGAGAGAUCUGUUUCAGGAUUCUUCUCACGUGUUACAUUCUUUAUGCCGGAGAAGGAAGAUUCUAACUUAUGGAAGUAGGUGGAAAGAUCAUUCCAGGGAGCAAAAUGCAUAAGCAAGCAAAUGAACAAAUGAAGAGGCAAGAAUCACAACUUGUGUUUGGAAAAUACUGAAUAGUAUUUUCUGGAUGAAUAGUAGGAGGAAGGUCAUAAAUAAAGUUCACAUUAAGGCAAAUCAUGUUGUAAAGAGAGAUGUUGAUGAGCAUUUGAGAAUCAAGAUCGUCUAUGAUAAAAGUAUUGAAGAGUUGCUUCCUGAGAAAAGACAUCUUGUAAAGAACAAACUUUUCCCACAAGCUAUUUCUUAUUUAGAGAAGACUUUACAGGUUCGUAGACCUGCGGGCACUAUCUUACUCAGCAGACAAUGUGCAACAAACCAAUACCUACGGAAGGAAAAUGAUCCUCAUAGAUACUGUACUGGGGAAUGUGCACUGCAUACAAAAUGUGGCCCAGUUAUAGUGCCUGAGGAGCACCUGCAGCAAUGCAGGGUCUGCCGUGGGGGUAAAUGGCCCUGUAGAGCAGUGGGUGUGUCAGACCAAGAAGGCGUCCGGGAUGCUGACUUUGUUCUUUAUGUUGGUGCUCUGGCCACUGAGAGAUGCAGUCAUGAAAACAUCAUCUCUUAUGCAGCCUAUUGUCAGCAGGAAGCAAAAAUGGACAGGCCAAUAGCAGGAUACGCUAACCUGUGUCCAAAUAUGAUCUCGACCCAGCCUCAGGAGUUUAUUGGGAUGCUGUCCACGGUGAAACAUGAAAUUAUUCAUGCCCUGGGUUUCUCUGCUGGACUGUUUGCAUUCUACCGUGAUACAGAUGGAAAUCCUCUAACAUCAAGGUUUGCAGAUGGUCUCCCACCUUUUAAUUACAGUCUUGGGUUAUAUCAAUGGAGUGAUAAAGUAGUCCGAAAAGUGGAGCGAUUAUGGGAUGUUCGAGAUAAUAAGAUAGUUCAUCACACUGUGUAUCUCCUAGUGACACCUCGUGUUGUUGAGGAAGCACGAAAACAUUUUAACUGUCCACUUCUGGAGGGAAUGGAACUUGAAAAUCAAGGUGGUAUGGGCACUGAGCUCAACCAUUGGGAAAAAAGAUUAUUAGAGAAUGAAGCAAUGACCGGUUCUCACACCCAGAACCGAGUCCUCUCGAGAAUCACUCUGGCAUUAAUGGAAGACACUGGCUGGUAUAAAGCAAAUUACAGCAUGGCUGAGAAGUUAGACUGGGGCCGAGGAAUGGGCUGUGACUUUGUCAGGAGGAGCUGUAAAUUCUGGAUUGAUCAGCAGAGACAAAAAAGACAGAUGCUGAGCCCUUACUGUGACACUCUCAGAAGUAAUCCAUUGCAGCUAACUUGCAGACAAGACCAGAGAGCAGUUGCAGUUUGUAAUUUGCAGAAGUUUCCUAAACCUUUACCACAAGAGUACCAGUACUUUGAUGAACUCAGUGGAAUACCUGCAGAAGAUUUGCCUUAUUAUGGUGGUUCAGUAGAAAUCGCUGACUAUUGCCCAUUCAGUCAGGAAUUUAGUUGGCAUCUAAGUGGUGAAUAUCAACGCAGCUCAGAUUGUAGAAUACUGGAAAAUCAACCAGAAAUUUUGAAAAACUAUGGUGCUGAAAAAUAUGGACCUCAUUCAGUGUGUCUAAUUCAGAAAUCAGCAUUUGUCAUGGAAAAAUGUGAGAGGAAGCUGAGUUAUCCAGACUGGGGGAGUGGAUGUUAUCAGGUUUCUUGUUCACCUCAAGGUCUGAAGGUUUGGGUCCAGGAUACUUCAUAUUUGUGUAGUCGGGCUGGGCAAGUCCUCCCUGUCAGUAUUCAAAUGAACGGCUGGAUUCACGAUGGAAACCUCCUCUGCCCAUCAUGUUGGGACUUCUGUGAGCCCUGUCCUCCAGAAACAGAUCCUCCUGCUACUAACCUGACCCGAGCUCUACCACUAGAUCUCUGUUCCCGUUCCUCUAGCCUGGUGGUCACCCUCUGGCUUCUGCUAGGCAAUCUAUUUCCUUUGCUGGCUGGAUUCCUUCUGUGUGUGUGGCACUAGGGAUGGAAAAGUGAAUUCUCAAGAUACUCUUUUAUGCCACGUUCCUGUGAACAAAGCACAAAAUAUGGGUGAGUGCCAACCUGGGCUGAUGGCAGAGGUGGCAUUCCUGACUUUGGCUUGGAAGUGUUAUCCACAAUCAGACCUUGAAGCAAAGCAGUCACUCCUCAUCAGCCACCCAUCCACCUCAAAGCUUAGAGAAGGAAAAGGAACUUCAAGUCACCAAGAUUACGUAUUUUUCAGGAUAUAUAAUCUUCCUAAAGUUUACCUUUGAAAGUGGAUACUUGGUGGGCUGGGCACAGUGGCUGAUGCCUGUAAUCCUGUCAGUCUAGGAAGCCUGAGGCGGGUGGAUUGGCUGAGCUCAGGAGUUUGAGACCAGCCUGAGCCAGAGUGAGAUCUCAUCUUCAAAAAAAGAAUAGCUGAGCCUUGUGGUGGGCACCUGUAGUCCCAGCUACUCAGGAGGCUGAGACACUUGAACCCAAGAGUUUGAGGUUACUGUGAGCUAUAACGCCGUGGCACUCUACCAAGGGUGACAAAAAAUAAAGUGAGUAAUUGGUAGAAUUUUCAUAGUGCUUACAUACCUCAGCAUUUUCAUUAACUUAAAAUAAGAAGCAGUAUCAUAAAUACUGCAUUAACUUAAACAACAGCUAAUUAUUGUAAGACUGCAAGUUGUGGGGUGGCGUCUAUGGCUCAGUGGGUAGGGUGCCGGCCCCUUGUACCAAGGGUGGCAGGUUCGAACCCAGCCCCAGCCAGCUAAAACAGCAAUGACAACUGCACAAAAAAAAUAGCUGGGCAUUGUGGCAGGCGCCUGUAGUCCCAGCUACUCGGGAGGCUGAGGCAAGAGAAUCACUUAAACCAAAGAGUUGAAGGUUGCUGUGAACUGUGAUGCCAUGGCACUCUACCGAGGGUGACAAAGUGACUCUAUCUCAAAAAAAAAACAAAAAGACUGCAAGUUGUAAAUCUUAUCCUCAAAAGUAUAAAUUGUUGUUUGACUUAUAGAAAAUAAUGAAAUUGGGAUUUCUUUGUCACUGUUACCUAUUUUAAAUGUAAUGGGUUUACAUGGUACACUUAAAUUAUUGCUCUCAUGCAAGGGUGUCCAACCUGUGGCCUGUAGGCUGCAUACAGAUUAUUUGAGAAAUAUUUUAUCUGUGGUGUUGGAUAUCACAAAAAGUAUGCACAGACCUAUUCAUUUGCUCAUCAACUUUCCUUGGUGUUUGUAUAUUUAAUGUGUAGCUCAAGAUAAUUCUUACUCUUCAAAUUUGCAGCAGAAAAAAAGGUUGGACACCCCUGAAAGAGUUUUAUUUUUUAAAUUAUGUUCUGUUAAAUCUUGUGAUGUAACCAUGCUUGCCUUUUCUGCCAGCUGCGUGACAGUUUACUACUGGACUGUUGUCCGUGUGUUGGUAGCCCUGUGUGCUCACUGAUCUUCAGAGCUCAGCUUCCAGUUGUGUUAUCCACUAGUUUAGUAGUGACUUGAAAAAAUGUGGAAGCAGAGAAUAAAAUAUCUGCCCUGUAAAAUGCUGAAGACAUGCAAACAGAAGAAAACUUAAUUGUGCAUUUUUGAAAUAAUAGUUAUGACAACUAUAAUCUAACAAAAACAGAACUAUUCCUUUUUUAACAAUGAAGAUAAAAAAUUCUGAUUUCGGCAGGUAUGCAGUUAUUUCAAGUGGGCUAAGAAAUUGUUACAGAAGAAUUUCUAAUAUCUGAAAAUUAUGUAUAAGCAGAAAAAUAUAAGUCAAAAUGAGGUGGUCUGAGUUGUUUACUAAUAGCAAAGUAUAGGUUUGGUGUAGAGCCUAUCCAGUAGGGUUUACUUUACCACAGAACAUAAGGCUCAGUGCACAGAAGUUGGAAGAUUGCCUUUUUAAAAUAUUCUUUACCUUCUACAUUUGUCACUCCUCUUACCACACAGGUUCAGGUCCCCAGAAGUAAUUCUACUCUGGUACCAGAGCUUAGCAACCUCAUUUAGUAUUCCAGUUUGAAAUUCUUUAAUGAUUAAUGAGGCCCAGUUUUUCCUCUUUAAAGCUAAUGAAGUCCUAUGGCAUUUAAAUAUAAACCUUGGACAAGCUCCCUCCCUUUUUCCCCUCCUUGUCUUCUUUCCAUUCAGCAUAUAGUUACUGUACUCCAUUUAAGACAUUGUGCUACAUGAGCAAAGCAGUGUAAUUAUUAAGAAUUAAUCCUGAAGCCAGGCAUAGUGAAUCACACAUGUAGUUCCAGCUACUUGGAGGCUGAGGUAGGAAGAUGACUUGAGCCCAGGAGUUUGAAACCAACAAUAUAGAGAGAUCCCAUCUCUAAAAAAAAAGAUAGCCGGGCGUUGUGGCGGGCGCCUGUAGUCCCAGCUACUCGGGAGGCUGAGGCAAGAGAAUCGUCUAAGCCCAAGGAUUUGGAGGUUGCUGUGAGCUGUGUGACGCCACGGCACUCUACCGAGGGCGAUAAGGUGAGACUGUCUCUACAAAAAAAAAAAAAAGAAUUCCAAUUGACUUUUGGCACUGGAGCCAAAUAGCAGCCUCAACGUAAAAAAAGCCACUUUUUUUUAAAAAAGCAUACAUUUAAAAGUACAUAUUUGCAUGCAGUUUUAAAUUGAAGGUUAUUUGUCAUUGUGAAAAAUUGGGAGUCUCAAACUUACUCAUGAAAUUAACUUCAAUAUAGGUGGUUGUUACAGAACCAGAAGUCUGAAAUCCGAAAUGCUCCAAAAUCCAAAACAUUUUUAGCACCAACAUCACACCACAAGUGGAAAAUUCCACAUAUAAGUACUUAAAUUUGUUUCAUGCAAAAUUAUUUAAAAUAUUAUAUAAUAUUACCUUUGGGCUAUGUGUGUAAGAUGUAUGUGAAACAUAAAUGAAUUUCAUGUUUGGGGUUGGGUCUCAUCCCCAAGAUUUCUCAUUAUGUAUAUGCAAAUAUUCCAAAGUUCAAAAAAUCUGUAAUCCAAACACUUGUGGUCCCAAGCAUUUCAGAUAAAGGACACUUAGCCUAUAGUAAUGGUGUAUAGACCAGUGCUCAGAUUUUGCCUAUGUCAAACAUACUACAAAUUGUUCAAGGUCAGAGAGAAAUGAAGAGUGUAUUUUAAAAGAAUCUUAUAAUAAUCUAAACUUUAUACCUAUUAUAAUAACAGAUCAUCCUGAGAAAUUGUAUAAAGAAUUUCAUCAAAAAUACAAUAGAUUAAUAAUAUACUUGAGAUUGAUGGUGAUAGGUUCACUAUAUUUUGACUGUUGUGCAGUAAUACCAUUUAGGUAGUAUUGUUUCCAGGCAUGGUGCUUUUUAUACUUGAAAUAUAUUUUGCUUUAUUUUUAUUAAUAUAAUUAUAUUUGCACUAAUGACUUUCUGGAGAAAAUAUUAUAGAUGACAUUUUUUGUAUAUGUAUUUAUUAAGCUUGGAAUGUGGUAGGCCAGUGUUUUCUCUGCACAAAUAUGAAACCUGAUAAAGUAUGUCAAAAAAUCUUUAGUUCUUGAAGGUAACUAGCUGCAUUGAUGUCUUCCUUCCUCUUCAGUAAGGCUUAAAUGUGGUUACUUAUCACUGAGUCUACACAGCAUACUCAGCAGGACUGAGAAGGACACUGAAUCUGUUGAGUAAUUGUAGAAGUCCGAUUUUAAUCACCUAGAAUAUGGCCGUGAAGCAAAGACUUUUAAAAUCUGAGAGAUCACUGCAGAAUUUGAAAAGGCCUGCAUGUUGAUACCCUGUGGCAGGUUAUGCCCGUCACUUUAGCGAAGACAACACUCGGCCUGGCCCGUGUUGAACUGCGCAGGCUGCAGCACCGGCGGAAGUGAGGUGGAGCAGGGAAGGCGCGUGAGAAGCGGCUGACUUGGGAUAGUAGUUUGGAGUCCUGACUCAAAAAGGGUUAAGUACUUAUAAAAACUGACUACCUCAGUUUUCUCCUUCAGAUUUAGGUUCAUUGUGAUCGUUUUAAGGUCCCAAUUGUCAAAAAUGCCGAGUGAAUUUGUCUCAGGUUUUCAAGAACAGGAUUUACAGGAAGGGAGCAAAAGCCAUGUCCGUAACCUUGAGCUUUAAAGAGACUGGCAAGCAAUUAGUAUUCUUAAUAUAGAUCCCACUAAUAUCCUCCUAAAACACAUGUUUUUUCCUUACUUAUUUCUUAAAAUCAGUAACCCUUACAUUUUUCCUGUAGGAUACUAUUUUUGUUAAAGACCAAAUAGACAUUCUGAAAAUGCUAUAAAUUAUGCUUAAAAUUAGUUCCCAGCCUGUCUGGGCUUAGAGUUUAUUAUUUGAAGUGGAAACACAAUUUUAUGGGAUUUAAAUAUUGUUGAGAAGAUAAAUAAGUAUUAUCAGAGUAGUCCAUAAACUUUUAUCAAUAUUCUCAUCAAUUUUAGAAGACUUACUGAUUAAGGCCAUCUAUCAAAUGACCAGAUUCUCAGAAUCCUUCCAACUCUAAUAUCCCAUAACUAACUAAUAGCCAUGCAGAACUGAUUGGUCACUGCUGGCUCUGACCCACCGCCUGGAGGAUGCCUUCUUGCAUGUUGUAUUCAUCACAGUGUCUUGUGCUCGAUGCCUUACUGCUGUCCAUGAACUUGGGUGAUGAAUGGACAGAGAAGAGCUUGUCUCCUUGGGAAGCUGAGUCGUCUUAGCAGGAGGAAAUGGGCUUCAGUCAUAGUCCCAUAUACCCAUAUACCCAUAUCACAGUGGACACUAGUAAUUCCUGACAAGUCUUUGCAGCCCAGGAGGACUGUAACGUAUUUUAAUAAAAUCUGUGCUUCUCAUUCUGAAGAAAGAACUUACCUGAAAGAAUUGUUUGGUUUUUUUGAUACAUUGGGUCAGAGUUGGGGAGAGAAUGGUGAAUUAUUUUCUUUAUGUUUACAUUUUUAAUAAGUAAAAUAGAAGAUGUAAGAAUUAACCUUUAUUUAUGGUAUUGAACUUUAAGUGUAAUAUAUUCUUUAGGAAACACAACUUUAA